AGAGUUUGCUGUUCGCCCUUUCUGUCACUAGGGGGCGGUAACGUCCGGUCAGAGUCAGUGGGUCUAAAUGCAGAAGAAGAGAGCAGCCGCUUAAUCAAACAUGUCUGUGUUUCUCUGUGUUGCUGCAGGCGCAGUUGCGUUCUAUAUUUUCAUUUUUUACGGAGUUUUUAGAACCAAAAGAUGCACAAGUUCCGUGAAGCUGAAGGGGAAGACGAUCGUCGUGACAGGGAGCAACACUGGCAUUGGCAAGUCCACAGCUCUGGAUCUGGCUAAAAGAGGAGCGAGGGUGAUCCUGGCCUGUCGCAACAGCGAAAGAGCUGAGGCUGCUGUCUUUGACAUCCGCAAAGAAAGUGGAAACAGCCAAGUGGUUUUCAUGCCCAUGGAUCUAGCCAGUUUCAAAUCUGUUCGCAGUUUUGCUGAAACCUUUCUGAAAACGGAACCUAGACUGGACAUCCUGAUUAACAAUGCAGGUAUGAUGGGUCCAGGCCGCACUGGGGAUGGCUUUGGCAUGGCAUUCGGAGUUAACCACUUAGGUCACUUUCUACUGACCAACCUCCUUUUGGAGCGGCUGAAGCAAUGUAGUCCCAGCAGAGUUGUCACGGUGUCUUCUCUUCUUCACCACCUUGGACGUAUUGAUUUUUCUUUACUGGAGUCCACAAAAGAUUUAGUGUCUGGUCAGUCCACUUGGCAAAACUUUCAAGCUUAUUGUAAUAGUAAACUCUGCAAUGUACUUUUUACCAGAGAGCUUGCAAAUCACCUUGAGGGAACUGGUGUCACCUGCUUCACACUGCACCCAGGAGUCGUUUACACAGAGCUGUGUCGGAAUAUUAGCUGGUGGCAGCAGUUGCUUAUGAUACCCAUUGCCAAGCUCUUUUUUCUGGAUACUGAUGGAGGAUCGCAGACAACCCUGCACUGUUCCCUUCAGGAUGGCAUCGAGUCUUUCAGUGGACGAUAUUUCUCCAACUGUGGGGUUCAGCACAUGGGAGUCAAAGGGCGUGACGAUUCGUUGGCCAAGAAGCUGUGGGAAGUGAGUGAAAGGUUCACAGGCUUUCGCUCUAGAGUGAGCCCUAAUCAUUGACUGUAUAAGUAGGAACUGGACCGAACAACCACUCCGUUUUUGUCUUUCAAAUAGGAAGUACCCGCUGGUUGCGAGAAGGCCAAAGUCACAUUGGGUUCCAUUGAGAAAUAAAGUUAUUUCUCAGUCAUUUUAGUAGUCAUUCUUGGUCUGAUACAUUCUUCUUAACACGUUCUUUCUGAUCCUAAUUUGUUUUAAAGAUAUUUUUUCUUUACCGCCAGUUAUCCUAUUCUUGAUUUAAAUGUCAAAUAAAUAAAUAAAUUCAAGUUAUAAACUACCAAUCAGAUGCCUCAGUAAAAGCAUAUGGUGCCCGCUGGCUCCGCCUCGAACGUUUGAUUGACAGAUUUCCCCCAGCAGCUUUCAGUGGGAGGAGUGUCGCCUUCAAACCAGCCGGAACAAGCUUACUCCUGAUUUACGACUGCAGCUCCUUUAAAAACGUGACUCAGACCGACUCGGACGAAUCACUGUCGAGGGGCAGCAAUCAGUUGUAAUGUAGUGGUAGACAUAGGAAGUGACAGCGAAGGCUCUAGUCUGAUUUUAGGAGGGCCGAAGGUAAUGCGUUUCCUAUGGGGGACCUCAACACUCAUGUCCAGUUUGUACUUUUACAAUCAAUGGCCCUAAUGCAGAAACGAAGUGAAGACUUCAGGCUGUUUUCAGGCUUCUUUUGUGAUUCGUUAUGUUUGCUGAGUAACAUUUCUAAAUAUCUAGGUUUGUUGUGGGAAGUUGUCUGGAAACAAUGUAAAAACCUCUGCUGGGUCAAACAGCCUCUUUUGAAAAGUACAUUUUCAAGGGAACAUUAUCAUAAAUUCCAGUUUUAGGGAAACCAGAGAAGUAGUUGUGCAUCAGUUGUAUCUGUGGCAAAUGUGUUAAUUAUUUGCAGUUUUUAUCUCAGUAUGGAAUGUUAUUAACAAAUGUUAUGUAUAUGAUAUAAUUUUUAAAACAUUUGACAAAAAUGUGAAUUUACCACAAUUUUUCUCUACAGUGAUAUGCUUUAAAAGCCUUAAAUAUUAUCUGUUCUCCUGAGUUGAAGAUGCUCCUCCUAUACUUGAAAAAUUAUGAAGUGCCUUUUGUUUUGUACCUAAUUUAUUAAAGCUUUUUUGUAGCUGAA